GAGUUGCUGUUGACUCCCUUGAAGGCAGGAAGGCCCCACAGAGAGACCUCUACAAAUUAGAGGGCUUGGCAAUCACCAACUCUAUGAAGUUCAACAAGGGGGAGUGCCGGAUUGUGCCCCUGGGAUGGGGCAACUCCGGAUGUACAGACAGCCUGGGAAUGAGAUGCUGGAAAGCAGUGCUGGCAAAGGGCCCUGGAGGUCCUGGUGGGUGGCCAGUUGGGCAUCAGGCCCAGCAUCACCAGCAGGGUCAGGGAGGGGAUUGUCCCACUCUGCUCUGACCUGGGGCGGCCUCACCUGCAGUGUUGGGGCAGUUUUGGGCACCACGAUAUAAUAAAGAUAUUAAGCCCUUAGAGAGCAUCCAAAGGAGGCAGCAAAGAUGGAGAAGAGCCUGGAGGGGAAGCCGUGUGAGCAGUGGCAUCGUGUGUUCAGCUGGAGAAAAGGAGAUUGAGGGGAGACCUCAUUGCAGUUACAACUUCCUUGGGAGGGGCAGGCACUGAGCUCUGCUCUGUGGGGACCAGGGACAGAACUCCAGGGAAUGGUUGGAGCUGUUCCAGGAAGGUUUAGGUUGGAUAUUAGAAAAAGGUUCUUCACCCAGAGGGUGGUUGGGCACUGGAACAGGCUCCCCAGGACAGUGGGCACAGCACCAAGGCUGUCAGAGUUCAAGAGGCAUUUGGAAAAUACUCUCGGGCACAUGGUGUGACUCUUGGGGAAUGUCCUGUGCAGGGCCAGGAGUUAGACUCGAUGAUCCUUGUGGGUCCCUUCCAACUCGGCAUGUUCUGGGAUUCUGUAAAAUGAUUGUCCACGCACUAGGAGCAACAUAUAGCAAAUAAGUUGUUCAUACUGAAUUGGGAAUGUACAUUUAGAGAGGACUGUUAAAUUACAUGUUUUAAUAGGAGCAUAACAAGUGGUAAGUGACAAAAAAAAUCUUUGUUAAAUAAGAAGGAGUCUGUGAUGUGGAUAAAGUGAACAUCUGGACAGCUGAUGGAGUAUGGCAAAGUGAGAUUAAUGAAAAGAGCAUGAAAGAGACUAGAGACAACAUUCUCGGCAACAUCCAUGCACACCAGGACUGGACAUCACAGACAGCAGAAGGUCAAGAAGUCCUUGGAAAAUAAAAAGUCUAAGCAACUUGAGGAGGUGGAAGCUACUGUUCUAGGAGUGAAUAGUAACUAUGAUGACACAGUGAGCAACAUUUCUUCUGCCUCACCGAAGGGCCCAGUGAACGGGAGCACAGAGUCCAGAAGCAAGCGGACCAUUCGCAGACCUGCUUACUGGCUGGAAAUGAGAGGAGUGAAAAACAGUGGUAACAAAUCUCCAGAAAAAAAAGGAGAAGUACUGCUGAAAGGCAAGAGGAAAUCUGAGCAAGGGGAAGGUGAAGAUGUUGAAGACUGUCCCAAGAAGAAGCAAAAAAUUUGGGGAAUCCUUCAGGAAUCCCAAGAGCCUGAGACCAGACAGAGGGAAAGUCUGGAACAAGGAAACCUUACACUCAGUGAAGGAGGACGAGCAGGAAAAAACCGGCCAGCUGGAACAAAACAAAACUCCAAAAGGAAAGGCCACUGUGUUCAGAAAGAGACAGAAACCUAUGGCACAGGUAGCAUAGAAGAGCAGUGGUCUUUGGAGAUUCAGGCCAAAGGCCGAGUUACCUGUCCCACAUGCCGGGCUGUGGUGAGAAAGACUGUAGAAGGACUGAAGAAACAUAUGGCAAACUGCAGGCAGGAAAUGUUCACGUGUCAUCAGUGUGGGAAGCAGCUGAAGUCUUCAGCAGGGAUGAAAUACCAUGUCAUGGCAGACCAUAACAAUCAGCCAGUUGUGAAGGAGGGAGAGGAAGUGGACGAGCAGCUUGAGCGAGACCGUCUUCGGAAGGUUUUGAAGUGUAUGGGAAAACUGAAGUGUACAAGGGAGGGCUGCACAGGCAGCUUCACCAGCAUAAUGGGAUACCUGUAUCAUGUUAAAAAAUGUGGGAAGGCUGCUUCUGAGCUGGAGAAAAUGGCUAUGAAGUGCCAUCACUGUGGAAAAGCAUACAGAUCAAAGGCAGGACUGGUCUACCACCUCCGCUCCAAGCACGGGCCGGUCACUUUCCUCCAUGAGGAGAGAAGAACAGGGAACCUGAUAGAAAUGAAACAGGAACAAAACAACACAGGCAGAGUUCAGAGGAGAUCUGCAAAGGUGGCAAUCUACUAUCUCCAUGAACUGGCUGGAGAAGAGCUGGCCAAAGAGUGGCCCAAAAGAAAAGUUCUGCAGGACUUGAUUCCAGAUGACCGGAAGCUGAAAUACACUCGUCCUGGACUGCCCACGUUUAGUCAAGAUGUGCUGUGCAAAUGGAAAGCAGAGAUAAAGAUGUACCGAAGAGUCCACUGCCCAAAUCAGGGUUGUGAAUCUGUGUACGGCAGUGUCUCAGGACUCAAAUCUCACCUUGGCACAUGUACCUUGGGAGACUUUGUGGCUGGUAAAUACAAGUGUCUCCUGUGUGAGAAGGAGUUCAUUUCAGAGAGUGGGGUCAAGUAUCACAUCAACUCUGUGCAUGCUGAGGACUGGUUUGAUAUGAACACAAUGACCACCAAAAGCUUUGAGAAGCUAAUGAAAAUCCGCCAAAGGGAAGAGCAGAGGAAGCAAAGGAAGAAACGUCCCUUGACCAGGGGCAAAAAGAAGAAAGCUGGGACCCUGGCUGCCAAGAAGCUCCCCACUGCUGGAGUUGAAAAAAUGAGGAAAAAUAAGAGGGGUCGUCCACGGCGGGUGGACAAUGAGAGCAGUGAGGAAGGGGCACUCCAAGCUGCACAGAGAGCUGAAUUUCCUAAAACCAGCCGCAAGCGAGGCCGAAGCAAAUCCCUAGAGGAUGAGAAGGUGUAAUUCUAAAGCUUUUCAAUUACAAGCCCCACUUCUGUCCAGCUCAUAACUCACAGCACUAAUAUAAGCAACUGGAUGUCUUUGGGACUUGUGACUCAAUUCUACUCGGUGACUUUGAUAUUGAAACUUUUGCCUCUGCUCAGUUGUGAGGGAUUCAAACCAAAGCUGUGGUGCAGAGGCUGCCUCUUCUGGUAUAGUUCCCUUGGACAGUGGCACUAGCAGUGUACCCAGUGUGAUUCCUGCUCUGGUUACAUCCCAGUCUCAGAUUGGUCACAUUAUUGCUUGUUUAGUGGUUUCCAGUACAGCAGAUGUCUGUUUUGUCAUCUUCCUCAGAUGGGUGAGAUCAGGGUUCUUUUUUAGCAGUUCUCCCCAUAAGGGACUGACUAGCACAAUGUUUAGAUCUCUUCAAGGGGGAAAUCCUUUCUUGCACAGAAUGCACACAAACUAAGCAGUGCUGUGCAGAAUUCGAAGUCUUCGGCUUGCCCUGUCACUGUCCUGUCUGUUGUCAGCAAGGCUGCCACAAAAGAGCAGAGACCUUCCCAGUGUUUUCUGUAGCCUGUUGCACAAGGCUCUAAUUCAUGCACUGGUGUUUAGGCUGAGCAGCAGAUGAGCACAGGUCUGCUUGGAAGGGAUGGGACAUGAUUAUUACCCUUGUCAGGAGCCCACCGUUCCCCUGGCAUCUGUCUCCUGUAAUGCUGGGCAUUAAAGAUGCAUAAAGAGUCUUCUAGUGCAGUGAGGAAUAAUUGCUUUCCAGCCCUUUAGAGAUUCACUGGCCUUUCAGAGCCCCCAGUAAGUAAUAUACUGAAUGGCCUUUGUGUGCCCGCUGAAGGCCGCUUGUUUCAGACUGACCCGGGAAACGUACUGAAGACAGUGCACACCAGCAUUAGCAGCCUGCUAGUGCUGGAACCAGCUUUCAUGCAGCUGCCUUGCCAGCAUGUGGUUCUUUGUUGUGCCCGUGCUUCCACAGUGUCCUUUUCUCCUGCACUGCAGAUGCCACCUCCAUUGUCUUACAUCACCUGUUUCUUUUCAGCACCACUUCCUCUGUGCUAAUGACGUAUAUUAGCAGUGGCUUCCCUGUGUGGAAAAGGUUAGUAGAAGAGGGAUCAUCAUUUUAAGUCAUGUGUUGGCAUUAGCUCUGUAUUAUAAGGAAUAAUAUCUUCCUGUGCUCCCUAAAUCAUAGAAUCAUGGAGUGUUAAGGGGUUGGAAUGGACCUCAAAGAUCAUUUAAUCUGCACCCCCCCAACAUGGGCAAGGACACCUCCCACUGGACCAGGUUGCUCAAGGCCUUAUCCAGCUUGGCUUUGAACACUUCCAGGGCUGGGGCAUCCACAACUUCCCUGGGCAACCUGUUCCACUGUCUAAAUGCAGCAGAUGUCAUAGAAGCUACCAAGAAGCAGCAGCACGGGCAAUCCUAUUCUUUUUUAAAGACUAGAUUCUCCAGAAUUUCUGUUAUCCGAAGACCCACUGUACCAGGAAAUUGCAAAAUUUGCACUGUCUGACAAAGUUACUGCUGCUGAAAUUCCCAGGGAAGCAGGAAGCAGGUUUGUACAUGUGUGUUAUUACCAGCAUGAUCACAUUGGCCCUGAUGGGGGGGAGUGCUGUACAGCCAGGGUGGUCUCUGGAACUGCCUUUGGAACCAGAUGCCACUGUGCUUGCAAGUGCUGCCCUGAAAGCAGACAUGUCUGGACUCUGCAGGAUGUGUAAGGUCUGCAGUGAGAUGGGCAAGGUCAGAAGACAACAAAAUAAAAUGUCACCAGAA